GCCUGUAAGUCUAUACCAAAAAAGAAACUGAUUUGCCUGGAGGAUUACGAGGAUGUGUGGAGGGAGAUUCAGAUAAUGCACCAUUUGUCUGAACACCCUAAUGUUGUCAGAAUAAAGGGUACUUAUGAGGAUGCUUUGUUUGUGCACAUAGUGAUGGAGUUGUGUGCUGGUGGGGAGCUCUUUGAUAGGAUUGUUCAGAAAGGGCAUUAUAGUGAAAAAGAAGCUGCUAAGUUGAUAAAGACUAUUGUUGGAGUGGUGGAGGCUUGUCAUUCUUUAGGAGUCAUGCAUAGGGAUUUGAAACCUGAGAACUUCUUAUUUAUUGGUGCUGAUGAAGAUGCUGCUCUCAAGGCUACUGAUUUUGGCCUCUCUGUCUUCUACAAGCCAGAUGAAACUUUCAGUGAUGUAGUGGGAAGUCCUUACUAUGUUGCACCAGAAGUUUUGCGCAAGCAUUAUGGACCAGAGGCUGAUGUAUGGAGUGCUGGAGUUAUUUUAUAUAUUUUACUCAGUGGUGUUCCACCUUUCUGGGCUGAAACUGAGAUGGGAAUUUUCCGUCAGAUAUUACGAGGUAAAUUGGAUUUUGAUUCAGAACCAUGGCCUGGGAUUUCAGAUGUUGCCAAGGAUUUGAUCACAAAGAUGCUGGAUAGAAAUCCUAAGACAAGAUUAACAGCACACGAAGUAUUGUGUCACCCCUGGAUCGUUGAUGAUACAAUGGCCCCUGAUAAGCCUCUUGAUUCUGCAGUUUUGUCGCGCCUCAAGCAGUUCUCAGCGAUGAACAAACUUAAGAAGAUGGCUUUACGUGUCAUUGCAGAGAGAUUAUCUGAAGAGGAAAUUGGUGGUCUGAAAGAGUUGUUCAAAAUGAUAGACACUGACAAUAGCGGAACCAUAACUUUCGAUGAACUCAAAGAAGGUUUAAGGCGAGUGGGUUCUGAACUGAUGGAGUCUGAAAUAAAGGAUCUUAUGGAUGCUGCUGACAUUGAUAACAGUGGGACAAUAGAUUAUGGGGAGUUUCUUGCAGCUACUGUGCACUUGAACAAGUUAGAAAGGGAGGAGAAUCUGGUUUCAGCCUUCUCUUUCUUUGAUAAAGAUGGUAGUGGUUACAUAACCAUCGAUGAGCUUCAACAAGCCUGCAAAGAAUUUGGUUUGAGCGAGCUUCAUCUCGAUGAAAUGAUCAGAGAGAUUGACCAAGAUAACGAUGGACAGAUAGAUUAUGGGGAAUUCGCGGCAAUGAUGAGAAAAGGAAAUGGAGGAGUUGGGAGGAGAACUAUGAGGAAAACUAUAAACUUGGGGCAAGCUCUAGGACUAGGGAUCACAGAAAGUAAAGGAGAUAACUGAUACGAGCUAAUUCGGUCCAACUCUUCUCCUUUGGAUCAUCUAACUUUGUUUCUCCUCUACUUCGUCCAUAGUUGCUCUCCCCUUAACAACCAUGUUGCCAUUUUGGUCAGUAGGCCCCUUAAGCUCUUCUCUGAAACUCUUACCAAAGGGAUAUGACAAACUUAAAGUUCUUGAUUAGACUUGCAAAACAUUAUGGUGCUUGCAUGUAUCGAAUAUACUGAAUCUUAUUUGUCUAUUGCUGCCAAAGUUGUCUGAAACUUUUCUGAAGAAAAA